ACACCCCCCUUGGGGGAAAAAAAGCGCUAUGAAGAAGGGAGAGACGGAGAAGAGUCCAAAGCCAGCCGAGGAGGAACGGUCGCCGCCACCAUCUCCAUCCUCCCAGCGCAGGCAGCUCUGGGGGAGCCCUAGAGGGGAGCCCCCCUUUCCUUGGCCCUCGCGCGAGACACCCGGAGUCGCUUCGGAUCUGCCAUGAGCCAGCUGUACAGCAGCCCCCUCCCUCCUGCCCUGGGCAGCUCCCCGCUGGUCUACCUCUACGGGGCGGAGCGGGGAGGGCUUCCCCGGGCGCUGGGCUUCGCCUCCGCGGGGGUCCUCUCCCGGCAGGAGCCCCCGCAGAAGCCUCCGUACAGCUACAUCGCCCUGAUCGCCAUGGCCAUCAAGGAAGCCCCGGAGCAGAAAGUGACCCUCAACGGCAUCUACCAGUUCAUCAUGGAGAGGUUCCCCUUCUACCACGACAACAAACAAGGCUGGCAGAACUCCAUCCGGCACAACCUCUCGCUCAACGACUGCUUCGUCAAGGUCCCCAGGGAGAAGGGGCGGCCGGGCAAAGGGAGCUACUGGACUCUGGACCCCAGGUGCCUGGACAUGUUCGAGCACGGGAACUACCGGCGGAGGAAGAGGAAGCCCAAAGCCGGCGGGAGCCCCGUCGGAGGGGAGGACGCGGAGCUGACGGAGAGGGACCGAGGCGCCCGAGGUGGACACGCGUCCGAGGCCCAAGGCAAGAGGCCGCGGGAGAGCCGCUCCCACCCACACCACCAUCACCUGUUCUCCAUCAAGCCCACCGUAGGCGAAGACUCGGUGCCAACCUUUAGACAGGAUGAGGAGGACUCCAGGGCCAGACUGGACCCGGCGAAGGGAGGGGAGAAAGGAGGAGGGAUCGGCCCUGUAUCAGGCCCAAGCGGCCUCGGCAGUCACCUCCAGCUGACCCCGUCCAGCUGCGCGGCUAUUCGGAGCCACUUGGCGCGCCUCGCGCCUUCCCCCAAGGACCAGGCGCGCGUCGAGGGAGAGGGUGCUUCUGGGAGCGCAGGGGCGCCGGCGGCAGCCGGUAGGCUCCUCCAAGAACCGUCCCCUUUGGAGGCGCCCCGGGGAGUCUCCGCGGCCAGCCAGGCUCCCCCCGAAGCUGCCAGGAGCUCCGCCAAGCCGCAGAGCUUCAGCAUAGAGAGCAUUCUCUCCAGGAAAGGCCUCCACAGGCCGGGCCCCAAAGGCGUCUCCAAACUGGACGGCCUCGCCGGCGGCUGCCUACUGGCCAGUGUCGAGACCCGCCCGACUUUCAACGCCUCGCUGGUGCUAGAUCCCCAGAUUCAAGGAAGAAAACGCCCCAUAAGAUGCCUUCCUCUUUCUCUGUCUGUCUGUCUGUUGUUGGAAGCUGUUUCUAUCCCAACUGGACCUCAUUAGAGUCACCAGCAGAGCAAUCCAACUCAGAGGAAGCUGGGGUAAGUUGUGCUGGAGUUCUGCUGCAUCCAGUUGCCAUUCAGGAGCCUCUGGGUUGGCUGAACGCCAGCUCAGACGGAAGCUGUGUGCAGGGACCAUGAAAUAAAAGCCUGCCCUCCCAAAUACCCCUACCAGGGACUCAGCUCUCUCCAUUGACUUCUAUUGCAAUUAUUUUCUUGGACUGAACUUUUUCCUGGUGUAACUUUUUCCUGGAUUGGGACCUGCAGGAGCACUCCGAACACAAGUUGGAUGUGGCCUAAGCCCCCUAAUCUCAGGCCUGCCCCCAACAUACCCCUUUUUUGGAUCUUAUGCCAGCUUCCGCCGGCUCCACUUCUGCCGGUCCUAGCGGAACCAGCUGGAUCUGUCCUGGCUUAGCUGAGCCAGGGACCAGGACUUACGCCAGCGUAGCCCAGUUGAGCCAGGACCCAGCAGGCUCAGCUGGAGAUCUGCCAUAUCCAACUCCCCUCGGCCUGGUGUAAAUGCGAGUUGGAUUGUGCCCUAACAAAGCAAUUGACCAGCCUGAUAAACCCCCACCUGAUGUGUGGCUUACAGGGAAGCUAGAGAAAUCCUCCAGAGAUAUCAAGAAACACUUUCUCUUAGCCUUUAGUUGUUAUUUUUUUUAAAAAAAUCAUAAGACAUUCUUUUGUUCUUGCUAUAAAUAA